CACUGCGAGUGGGGCUCCCUUCUCUUCCCCUCGGGCACCCACGGCUUGGCCCUUCGGGCCUUGUAGUGCCCCAUUAAGGAAACUGAUGUUAGCCGAAGCUCUGUCGGUUUUCUGGUGUGUGUUUCAUGGCUGUGCGGUUGUUAGCUAUGGAGGUGCGGUGUUUGCCAGCCAAGCAGGUGUAUUUGGGAAAUUGCACAGCUCUUGAGCACCAGGGAGAAUUGGUGAAAGAAAAUCUUGCUUUUUAUGAAAUACCCAUCACGUUUUAAGAUACAAGUUAGUAAACCCAACCAAUAGCUAAUGUCAUCAGAAACUCCAGCAGAAAGUCCAGAGGUGCCAACAGAAAACACCAUGCCCCCUGACAUUUCUGUUGUGGAAGGAAAGGUGAAGUCUAGUGACGGUCAAACAGACAGACAGGUGGAAGGCUCAGAUGAGGUAGAAUGUCCCGAGUCCCUGUCCAAGAGGCAAAGGAAGAAACUAUUGAAGCAGAAACAGUGGGAAGAACAGAAGGAUCUACGUAGGCAGAAACGAAAAGAAAAACGCCAGAAGAGAAAAUUAGAACGUCAGUCAAAAUUAGACUCCAAUAAUGAAGGGAGUGGCAGAAAGCGUAUGCGAAGGGAAGUUGUUCCCAGUACGCUUCGCCUCAUUGUGGACUGCAGCUUCGAUGACUUAAUGGUGCUCAAGGUACUGGCUCAUGGUAAAGCAUUUUGUGGUGGUCUAUCUGAAGGACUAUGUAAAAACAAAUUGUGUUGUGUACAGGAUGUUAAGAAGCUUCACAAGCAAAUUCAGAGAUGUUACGCAGAAAACCGCAAAGCGUUCCAUCCUGUGCAGUUUUACUUGACGAGCCAUGGCGGACAGCUGAAGAGCAACAUGAAUGAAAACGACAAAGGAUGGGUGAACUGGAAGGAUAUUCAAAUUAGAACAGAGCAUUACAGUGAGCUAAUAAAGAAAGAAGACCUAGUAUAUCUUACCUCAGAUUCCCCAGAUGUUCUCAGCGAGCUUGAUGAGAAGAAAGCAUAUGUGAUUGGGGGACUGGUGGAUCACAAUCACCACAAGGGAAUUACUUACAGAAAAGCUGUAGAGCAGGGAAUUGGUCACGCACAGCUUCCCCUUGGAAACUUUGUGAAGAUGAACAGUCGGAAAGUGUUAGCAGUCAAUCAUGUGUUUGAAAUCAUCCUUGCAUACCUGGAGAAGAGAGACUGGAAGGAGGCCUUUUUCAGCGUCUUGCCACAGCGGAAAGGCGCUGUUCCUCUGGGAGAAGCCAACGAUUCAUCCACACAUGCUCUGUCUGAAAAAGAAGGUGAAGACAAUGACUCCGACAGCAACUAGCCUUCAGAGUGAGAAGAUGGGAAAGAUGAGACAUGCAGUUCACGGGAUGACGCUGGGACGUGAAGUAGUUAAGCUCUGAAGAUCAUCUGCUGCCCUUGCAAUACUGAAUUGUCUCAAUGCUCAGUAGUUGGCUUAGAGCUGUUCCUGGACAGAAAGGGUAAAGACACGUGCAGUUCUUACCCUGAAACUUCCAUAUUAAGAGCUUUUAAAAAAAUAAAUGAAUGGCAAAUGCAGAAUUUAUUUCGUUUCCCAAGGAAGCUUAUUUUAUUUAUUUUCAUUUUACGGUUUGUUUGUUUGUUUUUUUUAUACUUACAAAGUUGGGUGUAUUACCCAAAAGAACAAGUAGUUACUAUUUUAAUGUGUGUACUCUUCUCCAUAUCAAUUCUAAGGUUUCUUAAAAGCAGUGCAUGACAAAUAUUCCUGUGACCUCAAAACCUGUACCACUAGUGCCUGUUGCAAAGUGUGCAUGAAUGUUAAAAAAAAAAAAAGUUCUAAUUUUCCUGAGCAUCUCAACAGAUGGUAACAAGCAACUGAGCUGCCUUUGUCUGCCGGGCCGCUCUCACUUAUACAUCUGCAUCUAGUUAGUUGGGGUCAGAAGAUGAAACACAAGUUGGGGGUUAAGCCAGUGGUUAAUGCUUCAGUUUGAGUGGGAUGGAUGUCUGCACAAGUGCAAAUCAUGCACCUUGCUUGGUACCUGGUGUGUGAUGAGUUGAGGUGAUGCAAUCACUUUUGAUGAUUUAUUGAUCACCUUAGCAAAAUUUAACCUGCAGUGUCAGAAUAUACCAGGAGUCAGGAACUCCUAGUUACAAGUCCUUGCUCUUCAGCUUCAGUAUACCUGUUCUGUCCCAUGAUCAUGUAUUAACUGGAGUGUCUGUCAAAUACUUUUUCUUUAAAAAAAAUAAAAAGUCAUAGUUUGUC